AUGGCGAAAAAUUUGGUCAACUAUUAUUCCGGCUUGAAGGGCAUGUCACCGGAGGAGAUUGCCGACUAUUAUUCACGAUGGGCUGAAAAUAUGAAAUAUGACCAGGAUUUGAAUCCGGGAACAUAUAAUGGACCAACCAUUAUGGCUGACGAGGUAGCCGAUUGUUUUCCUGAAAACAGAGAUAAAAUUAAGAUUAUAGACAUUGCCUGUGGGAGUGGUCGUGUAGGAAAUGAGUUGGCUGCGUAUGGUUUUAAAAAUAUCGACGGCCUUGACCCUUCUGAUGGGAUGUUGAAACAAUGUGAACACGACUGUUUGGUUUUAUCGGGCGGGAUGGGAGAGAGUCAUGUACCUUGUUCCGGAAUACUUCAGAUGAUACGUAUCGUAAAGCCAGGCGGAUUAGUUUUGAUCUCGAUGAGGAAAGAAUUUCUGGAGAAUGUAGGGGAGUACGCAGAUAAACUGGAGCCUUUCUUUGCCAAACUUGAACGCGAAAACCAGUUGGAAAUGGUUGAGAGGAGAGUGGUGCCGAACUAUUCCUUUAACAGAGAUGGAGUCCUAUUUAAAAUUAAAGUAAAGAAUGGUGUUUAA